CCCCUCGUCCACCUUCUCUCAUUCUGCCCUCUCUUUCCUCCCUCCUCUUCCCCUCUUUGUAUUCUGCCUCUUCCCCCCUCCCUUUUUCCUCCUCGCUCUCGCUCCCUACCCUCUAUCUCAAUAUGGCGAAAUCUUAUGAUCACCUCUUUAAACUUCUUCUCAUCGGGGACAGCGGCGUGGGGAAGACCUGUCUGAUCGUGAGGUUCUCCGAAGAUAGUUUCAACAACACCUACAUCUCCACCAUAGGGAUUGACUUUAAAAUCAGAACCACGGAGAUCCAGGGGAAGAAAAUAAAGCUCCAGGUCUGGGACACAGCAGGACAGGAGAGGUUCAAGACCAUCACCACGGCCUACUACAGGGGAGCCAUGGGGAUCAUACUGGUUUAUGACAUCACAGAUGAACGAUCCUUUGAAAAUAUCCAGAACUGGAUGAAAAGUAUUAAAGAGAAUGCAUCAGCGGGUGUCGAGCGGAUGCUUCUGGGUAAUAAAUGUGACAUGGAACAUAAACGGAAAGUGCCGAAGGAGCGAGGGGAGAAGCUCGCCAAGGAGCACAAUAUCCGAUUCUUUGAGACGAGUGCCAAAUCCAGCCAGAAUGUGGACGAGGCUUUUAAUACACUGGCGAGCGACAUCUUAAUGAAAAUCUCUAAGAAAUCGGCUCCGGGGAGGAAAGAGGUUGACUUGAAAAGCUCCUCCAAAAAGACCAGCAACAAAUGUUCGGUGGUUUAACAGUUUUGGUGCGACUGCGCGGACCACCCUUCAUCCAGCCUCAUGCGUUGGAUGGGAAGGAGUUGGGGUGAGGGUCACCGCCGCGCCACCCAGAAGGUCCAACCCUUCCAAGAACUUAAUUACGAGAUAUUCGUCCAUGUGUCAUUCCCUUCUUCCUAA